CCUCGAUUUUCAUUUCUAACUUAAUCUGCUCCCCCUCACUCCCCCUAGGGUUUUCAUCUGGCGAAACCCAUCCAUGGCGACUCAUACCAUUUCUCGCUCCUUUUUUAGCCGACCGGCGAAAUCUCUUUCGUUCCUGUUCACGAGAUCCUUCGCUUCAUCUGCUCCUCUCGCCAAAUCCCCGGCUUCUUCUCUCUACACGUCAUCUCUGCUCAGCCGUUCCCGUCCUCUCGUCGCCGCUUUCUCCUCCGUUGUCCGUGGUGGUGGCCUCGUGUCCGUGAAAGGUCUCUCGACUCAGGCUACGUCGUCUUCUCUCAGCGAUCCGAACCCCAACUGGUCUAAUAGGCCACCAAAGGAGACGAUCCUUCUCGAUGGUUGCGAUUUCGAGCACUGGCUUGUCGUCGUUGAGCCACCUGAGGGUGAACCUACUAGAGACGAGAUCAUUGAUAGCUACAUCAAAACCCUAGCUCAGAUUGUUGGAAGUGAAGAAGAAGCUAGGAUGAAGAUCUACUCGGUUUCAACUAGGUGUUACUAUGCUUUUGGAGCUCUUGUGUCAGAAGAUCUUUCUCACAAGAUUAAAGAGUUGCCAAAGGUGCGCUGGGUUCUUCCUGAUUCUUACCUGGAUGUGAGGAACAAAGACUACGGAGGGGAACCUUUCAUCGAUGGGAAGGCUGUUCCUUAUGAUCCUAAGUAUCAUGAGGAGUGGAUAAGGAACAAUGCUAGAGCAAAUGAAAGAAACAGACGCAAUGACCGUCCUCGCGGAAACUCUGAUAGAAGCAGAAACUUUGAGAGGAGAAGAGAGAACAUGGCAGGAGGCCCUCCUCCUCAACGUCCUCCAAUGGGAGGACC